GCACUUAUGAUACAUAUCGAUUCAUCCCGUCCUGUACAAGCGCGUUUCUCUGCUUCCCGCUAAACGCCUGCUAAACGCUUCUGUCUCUGAUAGUGUGUUGCACAGGUCCAAGCGUCAGCGCCUUAAAAAUGGUUGUUUGUUGAUGUGUACUAUCGUUAGUUUAAAGUUUUUCGAAUUUUUGUUUAGUCAAUUGAUGUUGUGGUGUUCGACAAGUGCAAAAUGGACUGCACUCAGGUUCUUGAGAGCGACGAACUCAAUGACUCUCUGGCAUAUAAAUACAAAGUAAAGGUUGCAGAACUCAAAGUGAAUGAUAAUCUCUACCCAAUUUUCAGUGGCAGCAAUCGUAUUGGUCGAGAUCCAGAAUUCUGUUCUGUUGUUUUCAAUAAUAUGACUCUGUCAAAAGAGCAUGCAGUAAUAGAAGUGGAGGACCGGUUUUCACAUCUAAUUUAUGACCUGGGCAGUAAAAAUAAAACCAGGGUUGGAAAGACAAUCCUGAAACCUCACAUUCGCUAUCAACUCCUUGACAAAUCACAAAUCCUCUUGGGUGAUCUGUCAGCAGAGUAUUUUAUUAUUCCCGAGGAACAAGAAAAUAAACCAUUUGCAGUGAUUCAGGAAUCAGAUGAUGAAGUAAUCCCAGACACACCUGUGCAGAUGAAGUCGAGGGAGUCCAAGGAGUCUUCUAGUAGUAGAGAGGAGUCACCUACAAUUUUCGAAAUGGAGACACAGCUUGGAUAUAUUGAACCAUGCGUGAAGACAGUGCAAGACCCAGGAGUGCCUGAAGGUAACCUUGUUGAGGGCUCGCAUCCUGAAGGGAAUGAAAACAAAGAGUCUUCCACUGCAGGUGCAUCAAAUUCGACGGAUACAGCUGCAACAAGUGGCUCUGAAGUGAAUAUUUGUGAAAGCAAUGUUACGGAGACUACAGCAGAGGUAAACCACUCCAGUGAUGGGGAUGAAACUGACCCAGAGGAUGUCUUUUUUGCCAUGACCCAAAAGAGAGAUGUGAGCUUACUUGAUUCAAGUGAUGCAGAGAGAACUAGUGAACUUAAAGAAACUGUGGAAAACGGGCAGCCAAAAGAAACACAUCAAAUAGUGGAUAACAGCAGUAGUGUUAAUAAGACAACAGAAGACUCUGUGGAUAACACCAGACAGCAAAGCACCGAAAAAGCAAUAGAGUUACCAUGUUCGUCAGCAGACAGUGAGGAUGAUGUUUCAAGAGGAGCUAAUCAGAUUGUGGUUCCAGAAGAGAAAAAGAUUCGGAGAGAAGGAGAGGAAAACAAUGAAGAGAAGGCUUCUUUGGAGAAAGAGGUCCAUCCAGAGGCGACCCAUAUCACUGAUUCUGUUGAAAGAAGUGGUGAAGGCAGUACUACAUUUAAAACGGUGAUGAAAGAGCAUAGUGAAGAAAAUGAAAAUAAGCAUUUAUUCAAGCAGCCCUUACCAGAUAAUAAAGAACAGAAAAAGACUGAAAAGACUGCACAAGUUAUCCUUUCAGUUGAUGAGGAGAUGCCAGGAGAGAGAAUAGAGACUGUGGAUUUGAAUUCGGAAGAAGACGAUUCCUUUUUUAAUGCAGCUACGCAAGUUCUUCAACCUGAAAGUCAAGUGUCGGAAGUGUUAAAAACUCCAUUGAUUGAUGCAGCUACAAAACAAGAAACUAAUUUGCCUCUUGAAGGGAAUGAGCCUUGUAACACCAGAGAAACAAAUGAGGAAUCUAGAGACCAAGAGUGUGACAGUGAAAUUAUUUGUGAUGCCCCAGUUCAAGCUAUUCAGUUGGAAAACAGAGAAAAUUCUUCUGGUGCUAAACUGGAAGUCAAAGAGCAAGUUCUAAGUGCACCUGAAGAUAAAUUGAGUACUUGUAAUAAAGAUGAUGAAGGAGAUUCAGAUUCCACUACUGAUGAUGAGAGUUCCUUUUUUAAUGCACCUACACAAAUUGUUCAUACUGAAAACGAACACACGGAUUCUAGACCUUCACCAGGAGUUGAACUGGGAAAACCAACAUGCAGUAGUGUUGCUCCAGAUAAGUUGAAAACGAGUGGGAAAGAUGAGCAAGAGAAAGAAGAAAUAAUGGAGGCAGAUGACAAAGUAAAAAAAGCAGAUGAUUUUAUUUUCACGGCCCCGACUCAAGUUCUUCAAGUUAAAAGGAAAGAAGGUAAUAUAUCAUCAGAAAAGGAUAUUGAGCCUCAUGCUGAACAGAAUAGUUCGACUGGAUCUAGUAUUGAAGGGUGUAGUGAGAAUGAUUCCAUUUUUGAUGCACCAACUCAAUUAGUAAUUCAUUCAGAAAAUUUGCAGGAGGACUCAUUAAAAUCAUCAGGAAUUGAGAAGCAACCUGAAAAGAAAGAAGCUGACCAGCAACAAAGAGCCGAUGUCUCUGAUUCAGAAACAGAUAAAAAUGAUUCAAUCUAUGAAGCAGAAACUCAGGUGUUUCAUUUAGGAAGUGAAUCCCCAGUGACUUUUACGACAUCAACACCUGCAAAGAAGAAAAGUGUAACGUUUGUAGAUGACUGUGACAGAGACCAAAGUGUUGAGAGACAAGUGUCUUCAGAGGAUCAUCCCAAACCAGAAGGUACCACUUCAAGGAACGAGAAUGAAACUGUUUUUGAUGGCGCAACCAAAGUUGUGGAACCUGGAAGUGUAGGAAGUUCAUCUUCAAAAGAACCAAGUGAAAAACCAAAACCAUUAAAUGAUGUUCCAGCAGAAGAAAAUGAAAAGCGUAUGUCUGAAUGUGGAAAAAAUAACAACCAAGAGGGUAGUUCUUCUGAAUCAAAGUUUCCGAAUAGUCCUCAGAUUCAUCCAUUGGAUGACAGUGAUGAUUCCAUUUUCUCUGCUCCAACCCAAAUUAUUUCUAGGCCAAGUCAUUUGCAUGAUGCAACGUCUCCAAGAGCAAGCACAUCAGGAAAGCUUCAUUCUUCUAGCUUAGGUACUGAAGUGGUUCCAGAAGCAGACUUGCAAAUUGCUAAGAACAAUGAGGAAAAAACAAGUUCUGAAGAAAAUGUUUGUGAUGCUAGUAGAAAGGAAGAAGAAGAAGACGACACACAUAAUGACUCUUUCUUUGAAGCUGCCACUCAGCUGUACACGUCUUCUGCACUGUCUCAGGUGGACAAUUCUGAUGUGGCUGAUGAUAAAGCAAACCAAUCUUUAAGUAGAUCUUCAAGCUACAGCUCAAUUCAUGAAGCUCCUACCCAGUGCAUGGACGAUCUUGUGUUAGCGCUCGAUUCUGAUAAUGUCAAAGAAAGCGUUGAGAAAAGUGGGCAGACAGAGGAAACUCAGAAGAAAACACAAGUUGCAGAAGGAACCUCAGCUGAAGAACCAUUGCAAGUACAUGAAGCUGCCACUGCUGGUGCUGUGACUUCCCUUGCAGAUGAAAGUUUAGAUUUGGUCCUUCCAUCCUCUCAAGAGUUAAAGGAAGUAGGUCAAGAAUUCUAUGGGUGUGCUUCUGAUGAUGAGAAGCCAUCUACGUCCAAUGAGGUGUCGAGUCCUGUUAUUCAGAAACGAACUCGCAGUAUUCCAUUUAAAAAGGGCAUUCUAAUGGCAAAAAGUUUGGAUUCGAUAAAAUCAACUGUUGCAUCUGGUUCUGGGGACAACAGUUCUGAUAACAAAGCACAACCAGAUAUUGAAUCUACGAAACUGGGUAAAUUGCCAAAAGACAAAAAUGGCCUAAAGAAAACUGCUGGUAAAAAGAAAGCUAUGGCAGCAAAAGGGAAAGAUAAAAGUAAAAAAAUUACAGAGUAUUUGGAGUCAAAUAACUCUAGAGAUAAGAGUGCUGAAAAGGAGGACAAGUAUGAGGAAAACAAAGCAGCAAGUGAUGAAAAUGAGAAAGGGAGACCAUCAAGACAACGCAAACCGACUUGGAAAGCAAGAGAAAGUACAGAGGAAGGGCUCCUUACCCCAAUUCAGAAAACAAAAAAAGGUGACACUAAGGAGCAGUCUAUUUCCAAAGUUUCACCUGGCUCAAGUAAACAAACUAAGAAGCUUGUUUCGUCUCUGCCUAAGGAUGAGAACAUUGCGAAGGAGGAUCAAAAUAGAAAAGAAACCUCAAAGCUACCCACUAAAAUGAAUACUGAAUCUUGUGUGAAUUCAGAAUCUAAACCAGAAAAUAAUGUAGAACAAAAAAAGAGUGAAAAUUUGGAUAUGGGUUCAGACAAUCAGAGAAACAUUCAUGUACAUUCACUGUCAUCUCCGCAAAGUGAAGAUGAAAAAACAACUGUGAAAAAAGGUGUGAAAUCUAAGCGAUCCUUGGAGGUAAUUAAAUCAAAAACAAUAGGGCUUAAUACUUCAUCAAGCCCAGAAAGUUGUUCUUCUGACAGGAGGGCAGAAACAUCAGCUGAUUCUAGUUCUUCCAAAAGGCGGAGAACACUCUUGCCCAUGUCUGAUAGUGACCAAGAUGUCAAAAUUGCAGUUGAUGAAUCUAGAAAAGGGACUAAUGUGCCAUCUUUAAGUGUGGAACCAAAAGCAGAGGAAGGUACAACUCGCAGCAGAAGAAAACCUAUUAAUAUUUCUGACAAGUCAAAUGAAGCAAAGCACGAAGUUAGUCCUUUGGGUGGAAGUCUUCAAAAAGAAGAAGCCAAUCAAAAUAAAAGAGGUAGGCCUAAACGAUCAACAACAGUUGUUGAUAUGCUUAUGUCUGGGACUAAGUCCGUUUCUAAACCUGCACUUGGUAAGACCCAUCAUGAUAGCAGUGCUGAUGUUGACAGGCAGGAAAAUGAAGGUGUGCCUUCAUCCAGUAUCGAAGACAAAAGUGUGAAUGUUGGAAAAAGAGGUAGACCAAGGCAUACGACUACACCGAACAGUGCAUCCAGUUCAGACGCGGAGGUAAAGUCUGGGAAAAAAGUAUUUCCUUCAGGAGACAAACAAACAGAAAGCAAAGUUCAGGGCAAAGAUGACAAAAGUAGAAACAUUCCUUUUAACAGGUCAAAACGAUCUGCAACUAAUAGCACAUCAAGUUCUGAAGUUGAGAUAAUAUCUGAAAAAACUAAAGAGUAUUCUUUAGAGAAAGAAAAGGAAAAUAGUGUAUCCCCUAGUGAUAAACUUGAUGUCAAAAAAAGGGGAAGGCCGAAACGAAGUGUAGCAUCUAGGGGAUCAAGUGUUGAGAUAGAGUUGAAGCCGAUGAUACACAACAAAAGAACGCAAAAUUCUGACAUAUGUGAUACUCCAACAAAAGAGAGGAAAAUUAGUGUUGCUGUUUCAAGUAGUGAACAGGAUGAAAAAGUAGAUGCAGGCAAGAGAGGUAGAGCAAAAAGAUCGGCAAAGAAAGCUUUUGGUUUAGACAAAGAAAUUAAUGCUUCAGAUAGUACAGCCCCAGUUCAGAGGUUACAAGGGUCUGAUAUUUGUGAUACUCCAAGAAAGCAGAGAAGAAAUCAUGUGCCUUCUUUGGAAAGCGAUGAUGUUGAAUUGGUGGAGACAAACAGGAGAGGCCGCUCAAAAAGAUCUGCCACACCAAGUGUUUCUUCAGAGAGAGAAACUUGUGCGUCUUCUUUGGAAAGCAGUGAAGUUGAAAUUGUGGAGGAGCACAAAAGAGGCCGCUCAAAGAGAAUAGUGAAAAAGGGUGUUCCCUCGGAAAAGGAAACUGGUGCAUCUUCUUUGCAAAGUGAUACUGUUGAAAUUAUAGAAACAAACAAAAGAAGCCAUUCAAAAAAGUCUGCAUCACCAAGAGUUCCUUUGAAGAGAGAGAGCGGUGCAUCUUUGGGAAGUGGUGAAGUUGAAAUUAUAGGAACUAACGAGAGAGGCCGUUCAAAAAAAGCUGCUGUACCAAAUGUGCCUUUGGAUUCUAAGGAGGAACUGACACCCAUUACCAAGGUAAAAUCUGAUAAAAUUGCAAAUCCUACGAGUCCACCCUUGGCUAAACAGAGAAGAACUAUCGUUCGGUCUGGAAACAGGACUCCCAACAAAGCAAAUGAUGCUUCAGAACCAAAACUGUCUAGGGGUAGGAAGAAGGGUGUGAAUGUGGUUGCAUCGGAUGAAGAUCAGUCUAUGUGCGGGUCACCUUCUUACGGGUCAACUGGAAGGAAAAGGAAAGUGCUGUCACAAGCAAGCAGCACUGAGGUUCUUUCUUCCUCUUUACUCCUGAAUGCCUGGGAUUCUAUACUUAACUAUUCCACCCACAAUCAGGGUGAGGGCACACCCAAACGGUCAUCCCGAAUCAAGCAUCAUGCUGAAUAUCACAUAAUGUUUACUGGUGUCGGUUGCUCUGGAGCUGAUGAAGCAGCCAUAAAAAAAUUAGGAGGAAAAGUAGUUCAGGAGCCAGAGGAAUGUACAAUUUUAAUAACGGAUAAAAUCCGACGAACAUUCAAAUUUUUAUGCAUCAUGGGGCAUGGGAAACCAAUUGUUACUCCAGAUUGGAUAAAGCAGUCACAUUUGUCAGGCAGCUUUUUGGAUCCUUGGAAUUUUAUUGUGAAAGAUAAGGAAGCAGAAAAAAAGUUCAAGUUUCAAUUGCAGAAGUCUCUGAAAGAAGCUUCUGCCAAAAAGCUCUUAGAUGGCUAUUCUGUUUUUGCAACACCAUCUGUGAAACCUCCCCCUACAGAAAUGAAAGGAGUCAUGGAAGCAAUAGAGCAGCCAGGUUAUGAAGGCCUCGCAAAUGGGGAAGACCCAAUUGCUAUUUCACCAGAUGAAGGUUGUGGAGACUUUGUUUUGGUGAACUUUACCACUGAGAAAAGCCAUGAUGACAGGUUCAAGGAAGAAAAUACUCUUUCUGCCGGGUUUUUAAGAGAGUUGGAAGAGAAGAGAUGCAUAUAUUUACCCUUAGUCAGAAGACAUUUCAUCUUUCCACGUUCAGGAUGCAUUGUGGAAAAUUGUGGUGGACAAUUCCUUACAAAAGAUCCUAGUCCAGGUAAAUGGCCUGAAAAGAGUUUCAUAAUUUCUGCUGUUGAUGACAAAAAGCUGUGCAACAAAUUCAAGAAAUCAUCUGUUCCCAUUGUCAGUGUGGAAAUUCUCUUAACAGGCAUCCUACAACAAAAACUGAACAUCAGUGAUUAUAUUUUAAAAUUGUAGUUGCAGUAUUCUGUUUAAGUGUGUGUAUGCGUGUGUAUGUAUAUGUAUGUAUGUAUGUGUAUGUAUGUAUGUGGGUGCGAGUUUUAAGCCAAAAUUUAUCCUCAAUAUUGAGAUACAAAGUUUCAGUAAUCAUCAAUGUUCUUAGAACAUAUUUACUCAGAUAAAUCAUAGAACAUACGGAUUUGCUCAAUUCUGUUCUUUUUUUAAAAAUUUUAUUUUUAUUUUAUGUCUUUUAUAUAAUUUGUUGUGAUUAUGCUUAUGACCUCAUUGAAUGUUAGCUUUCUUUAAAAAGUAGAUCUUUAUAGAACAUAGAAUAAGAGAGAUGUGGAAAUAUUUUCUAUGAUGUAGUAUGCAAGAUGUGUACAUACAAUAUAUGUAAAAUAAAUUAUGAAUUUUUAGUGAUUUUUGUACAUACAGGAUAUAUACAAUUGAGUCAUUAUAGCAAGAUUUGAAGUGAAAUUAUACAAGAAAAGUCUGACAUGUUUUAUGUGUAGUAAGAAAGAGUAGUGAGAUAUCUCUACCAAUUGUGUGUAGUGUAUGUUUGAAAAGCAUUUUUGUUAUUUACUGCAACUGUGACAUAACUCAAAAUUUUUUAGUAGUUGCACUUCUGUUUUAUACAUAAACUAGAAAUUUUGAACCCAUCUGAAAAACAAGCCCUUUGUUUUUGUUAUUUCUCUAUUGCAGUAAAUUAGUGAUAUGAUUCCCAAGGUUUCUUCCCUUUCAAACUUGAAUGCAAGGCAACCUUUUGUGAAGUCGAUGCACUAAUUUUGACUUAUUUAUAUGCCAGGAGCACUAUGAAGUUGUGUCCUCUUCAAAGAUAACAGGGUGUUUAUAACUGAAGGAAAAAGAGCUUACUUAAAGGAUAAAAUAUAUUUGCAGUGAGAAUUUUAUUUACAUAAUCAGUGUAGCAAUUAAAUAGUAAACAAACUGAAAAUUAUUGAUGGACAACUGCUUUUAUGUUCCAGUAAAAGAAUUAUUGAUGAAAGAAAGUGAAGAAAAAGUCACUGGGUAGUUUUUCUUUUGUUUUCAUCUUCAUUUAUCACCUGUAUAUUUUGAAAUACAAACCAAUUCUUGUGAGGAUCCUUGUUCUUAUUAAUCAUUGUGAUUAAUGUUCCCAACAACUUUUUAAUUUCUGUAGCAAUGCUAAAAGUAUAACAUAACAGGAAGAAGAGGAGUUUCUGUUGUCAUCUGCGAUUUUGUCUCCUUUGCUCAAUCUUGAAACUAAUCAUCUCAUGCUUCAGAAACUGCAAAAUGUCAAAAACAUGGUUCUCAAAGGCUAUGAAAGAUUAAUGAAGAAACUUUCAUAAGAAGUUUAUAACUAGAUUAAUGUUGAAAUAUUAACAAAUGUAAAACUGUAUUUACUCGCUAACAAUUUGGAAUAUGUAUUACAAUUUUCUGGAAAAAUUUAUUUAAAAUGUUUGCAUAUGGUAAAUGAUGGUAAUACCUUGAUAAGGACACAGCUUUAGAAUUGCUUCGAUAAAAUAAUUAAUAGAUUGAAGUAUAUUGUA